AUGAUCCGACGCUCUAUCGCUUUGACUCGCAGCGCUACUAAAGCUACUCGUGCGUUCAGCGCCGCUACCAACUCCUCAAAUGAAGCAAAAUUUGAGUUUUCAAUGCCAUUUGAGCUACACCGCCUGGAGCAGGGUCCACCCGAGUUUGCUGUGACGAAUCGUGAAGAAAUGCUGGAUUAUUAUAAUCUCAUGUACACGAUGCGUCGCAUGGAGAUCACGAAUGACAAUGAGUACAAGGCGAGAACAAUUCGUGGUUUCUGCCACUUGUAUGACGGUCAGGAAGCCGUUGCGACAGGUGUGGAAGCUGCUCUUGACCGCAAUGACUCGUGGAUUACUUCGUACCGAAACCAUUGCAUUAUGCUCGCCCGUGGUGGUACAGUUAAAGAUAUUCUAGCUGAGCUGUUCGGCAUGGCAUCUGGUGCCACUGGUGGCAAGGGGGGCUCCAUGCACUUUUACAAUAAAAAGGCUAACUUUUAUGGUGGCCAAGGAAUUGUUGGUGCUCAAGUACCCGUUGGCGCGGGUCUAGCUUUUGCUAGCAAGUACAACCACAAGGGCGAUGGCCCGAUGCCAUGCGCUAUCACCAUGUUUGGUGACGGUGCCGCAAAUCAGGGCCAAGUCUUUGAAGCUGCUAAUAUGGCUGCUUUAUGGAAGCUUCCCGUAAUUUUCUGCAUCGAAAACAACCAGUACGGUAUGGGCACCUCUACUAAGCGUUCGUCUAAUAAUACGGAUUACUACACUCUGGGUAACAAGAUUCCUGGUAUCAAGUGUGACGGUAAUGACGUACUUGCUGUGCGAGAGUGCACAAAAUUCAUGAAGAAGUGGUGUGGCGAGGGAAAUGGACCGAUCUUUGUCGAGAUGAAUACUUACCGUUAUCAUGGCCACUCCAUGUCGGACCCUGGUGUGACGUAUCGUAACCGCGAUGAAAUUUCGCAAAUGCGCGCCUCACGAGACCCAAUAGAGAUGGUAAAGAAGCGUAUGAUCGAAGCUGAACUCGCCACAGCAGACGAGAUCAAGGAAAUAGAGAAGAAGGUGCGUGCCGAAGUUGUCAAGGCAACCAAGGAUGCCAAGGCCGCAGGCAAGCCCCAUGAGAGUGCGGCUUUCACGGACGUGUACACGGACGGCAAGGGCAACAAUGCGUACCCGCCGUUUAUUCGAUUCCCUGACUACACUAAAAGUUUGUACAAAGGUUUGGUCGAAAGCAACUUUAUUGCAAGUCGUUGCGAUCCGGAUCGUGACAAUUACUGA